AUGCCUGGGUCAGCUGCGGCUUUGAAGAAGGAGAAUAACAUACUUAAAGCGCAACUAUCGUCAAUGUCGGACGAGGUAGCUAGAUUGAAGGAGUUGAUACGGCGACAUAGCGAGAGAAGCGAAGAAGUUCUGCCCAGCGAAGAAGGUGCCCAAUGUGUAGAGUUCUUGAGCAAGAAAUACGACGACUUCCAUCUCUUUAGCGGCAUGGCCAAAGACGAACUCCAGCGACUAAGCACCAAACUCGAAGAGCUGAAAGCCAAGGUAGAUAUUAUUGGAAAUGCUAUUGACGAAAUUCAAGAACAUAGUUUCCAGUAUAAUGUAAAAAUUGUGGGAGUGCCUGAGAGGCUGCAAGAUGAAUCCGCAGCCUCGAUAAGCAAGCUUUGCCUAAACAUUUUUAAAGAAACGGGAGCUGAUCUAUCGAUGUAUGACAUCGACACCGCCCAUCGUGUUCCCAGCAGGAAUAACAAUGGAAAGCCAAAGCCGAUAGUUUGUAGAUUUGUCAGGCGUUUAGCCAAAGAAAGCGUCAUGAAUCAUCGUAAAGAUGCAUGCAAAUUGGACCCGGCUUCCGUUGGACUCCCUGAGGAUGCCUCGUUAAGCGCGGUUAGAAUUUUUGAUCAUUUGUCACCCCGAAUGCAAACAGUCCUGUUCGAGGCGAAGAAGUUUAAAGAACAGCAUUAUUACCAGUACUGUUGGUCAAAGGGCUCCUUUGUUUAUUUACGGAAAGAUGCUACGUCUCGAGCCACAGACUGUGUGCUUCGGGCCGCACCUUUGACCGACCAAGUAAGGGAAAUCAUAGAACAAAGCACUGUGUACACCCCAGAUGGUCGAGUCUACGAUAACUAUGAAGACUUUGAAGGAUUCGUUAGAGCAAAAACUGCUCUUUCGGUCCGAGUGGGUGCAGUAAUGCGUGAUAUUUUAAAAUCGCUCAAAAAUGAAAGAAAAAUGCCUGAGAAUCUUCGUCCUGGAAUGCAGAGGAUCCGUGAUGUCAUUACAAAAAAAUUCAUAAGAGAAAAAGUUUUUGUCGAUACGCUAGCGAACGAAUGGUGGAGGGAAGAAAGACGUGAAGAUAAAAUUGCCGUUAACAAGCUCGAUGACGCGAUACUAAAAGUGGUAGAAAUGAUGAAAAGAAUAGCAGGCCUUGAAACGAUACAGCUGGUCGUACAUUGGGGACAAUGGGCUUUUCGUGUGUCAGAGGGACUCGAUCACAUUGAAUCAAAGAAACUUGUUUAUAUAUAA